CAUUAUUUAGCCAUAAGUGUUAUAUAAAUAUUUUUACGCGUGAAAGGCUGAAGAUUUUAGAUAUCUCCCCACAUUGAUUGGUCAGCGGAAGGAUAUCAAAUCAGGAAGCCGCCAUAGCGAAAUAGCGACAUACAAAAUGUAAACUGAAAUUUGUGUCAUUUAUUGAAUUUUGUCGUUUUGUUUACAUGUAAUAAUGUAUUGUUAUCAUCAAUGAAUUUAUUUUUGUUUAGAAAAUGCAGUGACAAGGAUAUUAUCAUUCGCUGAUUGUGUCGAAAGACCUGUUGACAAUUUUUCUUGAUUUCAAGUUUCAACUGUUUUUGUGAAAAUGGAUUUUUUAAAAGGUCUUGUCAGUAAAAACAAGAGACGACACAAAGUGGACGGAUUUGAUCUAGAUCUGACAUACAUCUAUCCUAACAUUAUAGCCAUGGGCUUUCCUGCAGAAAAGCUGGAGGGAGUGUACAGAAACCAUAUUGACGAUGUUAUUGAGUUUCUAGACACAAAGCAUAAAGACCACUACAAAGUAUAUAAUUUAUGUACAGAAAGGUCCUACGACCCUGACAGAUUCCAUGGGAGAGUUGUAGCCUAUCCAUUUGAGGACCACAAUCCACCGAGAUUAGAGUUAAUAAAACCAUUCUGUGAGGACCUAGAUGAGUGGUUGAAGAAAAGCAAUGAGAACAUAGCAGCCAUUCAUUGUAAGGCAGGAAAGGGAAGAACUGGUGUUAUGAUAUGUGCCUAUAUGUUACACAGAAACAAAUUUGAUAACUCUAAAGAGGCACUGCGGUUCUAUGGCCAGGCACGGACACAGGAUGAAAAGGGGGUAACCAUUCCUAGCCAGAGACGAUAUGUAGAAUAUUAUGAAUAUUUAAUUAGAAACAAGUUAAACUACAAGCCUGUAGCCUUGUUGUUAAAAGGCAUAGAAUUUAUCACAGUUCCCAUGCACAAUGGGAGUGGAUGUUCUCCAUUUUUUGAAGUAUAUCAACUUAAGGUGCGAGUAUACACAUCAAAAGUUUAUGAAGACAUCAAAAAGGGCCAAACCUCGUUUUACAUGCCCAUAGAACAGUCAGUACCGCUGUGUGGAGAUAUCAAAGUGGUAUUUUAUAAUAAACCAAGAAUGAAAAAAAAGGAUAAAAUGUUUCAAUUUUGGUUAAACACAUUUUUUGUGGAAGCAGACGACAAGCCAAGAGAGAAUGGCCGGAAGUCUUGGGCCGGAGAGGUGCCAGGGUCCAGUAAUUAUUACACAGUGACUAUUCCUAAGUGUGAACUAGACAAAGCUAAUAAAGAUAAGGCUCACAAGUUAUUUAGUCCUAAUUUCCAGGUCAAACUUCAUUUCACCAAUCCUGAAAAUUGUGGAUUAUAUAACUCCUCAUUAAAAGUCCCAGAUCAGCAAGGAUUACGACACCGAUCAAAAACAUUAGAACAAAUAUGUGAUAAAAACUCCACUACAAAUCACUCGGACCAUAGUGUGGAUGGGAUGCCACAUUCUAUAACGGCACUGACACUUAACUCUCGACGAGAAAAUCAGUCGCCUGUGAUAACACGGACACGAUCACCUAGUCACAUGACUCAUGAACGACCAAAAUUCAAUUUGCCUUCUAAUGGGGAGGGCAGUAGUGACCAAUUAAGUAGUGAGGCCAAUAGUGACACAGACUUUCCCGAGGAGGAUUUGUCAGACACGGACGAUGAAGAAGAAUGGAACGAUCUAGAAACGACUGCUGUUUGAUAAAUUAUCUAUUUUUAUAAAAUUUAUCAUUUUCGUCAAAACAUUAUAAAAAUCCCACAUUAUGUUGUUGUUGAGUUUUGUCAUAUUUUCUCCCAUUGUUAUAUAACCAUUAAUUGUUACAUCUAUGCUCAGCAUUUUGUUUUUCAUCAAAUAAGUCAUUACAAUUAAUAGCCAAACAGAAAAUUCUUUCUUGAAGUAUUUCUAUAUAGUUUUCUAUAUCUUUCAAGACAAUUCAUUCUACCUGUUAUGUUUCAGUAAACAAUAGGGUUUUAAUAAAUUACUUUUGUACACAUAGUUUACUUUUAUAUAGACUUCCCUUAAUUUAUUUAAGUUAAUUCCAUCGUCUCUAAUUUUCUGAUCUCAAAAAAUAUUUUUUUAUACCUAAGAAUUUAUUUCCAAUAUGAAUUUGUAAAUAUAGAAUUUUACAGAUUAUAAAAUAACUAGUGCUUAUAAUAUGUUUGACAAUUUUCACUCAUUUUUUUUUUUAUCUUAGAUUGAUUUUUUAUGAACCUAUCAUAUAGUAAUUCAAACCUUUGUUAAUCUAUUAGGCUGAGAGAAAAAAAAUAGAGAUAGGAAAAAAUUUCCUUUAUGAAAGACUUUGUAAUUUUUUUUAUCUUUGAAAGAGUACAGUUCUCAAAUUGAAUGCUUUUUCCAUGUAUUUUUUAAAGUGUAGAAUUUUGAAACCUAAUUUAUUGACUGCAUGUACUGUCAUUUAUAGAGCUAUCUUGAAAAUCAAACUAACAGUAUUGUAUUUUGAUUAAAUUUUAAUAUUUUGUACUUUAAUUUGGUUUAGAUAAUGUUUUUAAAAGUGUUGAAAUCGUCUCUUUUAAAUAAGAUUGUUAUUUUCCACGCUUUUAGAUUCCCUUCAAUUGAAAAAAUAUAAAGAAAUUCAAAAUAUAGUUUGAUAUUGAAAACCUUCCAAGAUUUAUUUUCAUUUGGAAAGGGGGGGGGGGUGUUUCAGGGUACAUUUUUGAACAGCAUUACUCUCAACCAUCCAUAGAAAUUUAUUUGCAUGUACAUUCUAAAACACUGAGGAACUUAUAUUGGAACAGCACUAAGAUAAAAGAGGAAUUUCAUAAGAUAGGACUAUCUGUACAUUGUAUAUAAUUUUGCUUCUUUGUGAAAUUUGCUUUUUUCCAGUUUUUGUGCAUGCAAUAUUUUUAUGUGUUCACAGUCUGUUUUCUGGUGUUGAAUUUUUAUUUGAAAUUAUUUUAACUACUUGUCUGUUGAAGAAUCAUGACAUUGUAUAAAUUUAGCGAUAAUAAGCAUUGAUUUGAAUCCACUGCAAAUAAGUAAAAAAUUAUGGUAUUUGUUGAUCUGAUCACUAGAAAUAUAAAUUGUAUAGAAUACAAUGUUAAUUAACAAAUUAAGGGAAAUAACUUGGGAAAAAUACAUUCUGUAUCAUAAAAAUUAUUUCCAAUAAAUAAGACCAAUAAUUGUGGUCACAGAGCAGUGUAAGAUAAUAUAUUUUUCAUUUUGUACCGUUACCAUUUCAGAUUCUCAGCCAGACCUGUACUUAAAAAUAGGGCAAGGGUCAUAUUAAAUCAAAAUAUAGUUGAUAUGCAAUAUUGCAUGUUUUUGUUAUUAAAGAUUUUCAUAUCAUAAGUUGGAACUGCCUAAAAAACUACCCUAUAGGAGUUAUGGUGAAUUGGACUAUCGUUAUGAAUUUAUUUUUAGUGUUUUGAAUUAGGUACAGUUCUGAGUUUUUUUGUUAUGUGUGUCUUAUCUCUGACUUUGGUUUCCCAUAAUUCUUUGUAAACAUUUCAUUUUCAAUGGAUUGAAGUAACUAUGACAUUUAAAAAAAAUUUAAUUGAGGGAUUUCUGAUAAAAAAAAGAUAACUUAUAAAAAUUGUAAUCUGAUUUUCCAACAGUACAUUUCAGUGAUAAUGAAAGUGCUGUUUGGAAUAAGUUACAAAAGUGCUUAAGGUUUCACUAGGAAUAUUUCCACAAGUCACAAAUGAUUUUAUUUUAUUCAUGUUUUGCUUAAAACUUUUAUAAAACAUGUCAGAUAAACUCAAGUAUGAGAUAAUAAUUGCCAAAAGUUUGAAUCGAUGUUUAAUAUAUUCCUACUUAAAUUAAUGAAAAAGAGAUAUACAGUGAAUGUUAGGUCUUCCAUCUUCAUCAUAUAGGUAAUGGGAGAUAACUCUUACAAAUCACUGGAACUUUUGUAUCAAUGAAUUUUAUAGGUGCAUUCUAAUCUUUUAAGUAAAUAAUUAAAUAAUUCUGUUGAAGGAUACAUAAGCAUUUAGAAACUGCAAAUUACAAACAUGUAACUGGUUUAUUAACUUUUUAGAAAAUCACUGAAGUUUUUAUAAUUAGGUCAAUUUAAAAAAAAGUUAAAUGGAAUUGGUUGUAUAUUAAUGGGGGUAACAAAACCUUGACAUAAUUUUCAUUUUACAUUCAUCAACUCAUGUUAUUCAGUUAAUAAGUUACUAAUAGGUCAAUUUGUCUUUUGAAUCAUUGCUAUGUAUACUGACAGAUGACACCUGACCUUGACCUCAAUUUCAUGGUUCAAAUUAUGUAUUCAUUUAUACUGUUUUGUUUAACAAACUGAAUUUUAAAUUUCUUUUUAUAUAGCAAAUCAUUGACUGUCCAAUUUAUUAAUAUGUAUCCUUAUUUUAUCUGCAUUCUUUCUAAAUUGAAUAGUGGUAGAUUUUAUUAAUUGAACUUUGACAUAAUAUUUUAUGUUCCUCUAUUGUCCCUCUUGUUUCAGUUUUAAUUAGAAUAUUAGGUAUGGUGUUUGUUUUGUUUUGUUUCAAUAAUUCAGAACUAUGUUACAGGAUCAGUUCCAGUUAGAAUAUGAAAUUAUGAGCUCAACUUGUAGCACAUAUAAUUUGCAUUUAUUCAGGGACAAAAUGAAAAAAAAUUAUAACGAUUUUUUGUUUAAUUCAUAUGAAAGAGAUUAUUUUGCAUCUAUUUAAUAAAAAGAAAAUGGCUUUAUGUUAUGGUAGAUAUAGAUAAGCUAUAUUUUCAUGAAUCUUUUGUAUUAUUAACCUUUUUUUUGUUAUACUGUAAACAGUAAAUUUUAAAUCAUCAACAUUCAUUAAAAAAAACUUAGGUAAGGGUACCAGUAUUUUUACUAGUACAUGUACAAUGUAUUUACAAUUUGAAGAGAAAAUAAUACAGAAAGAGUUCCAAAGCUAAUUAUUUGGAUGUAUGACAAGAUAUUCAAGAUUUCUUGACAAACUCUAUUCUUGAGUACUAAUCCAUAAGCCUUUAUUGGGAUUUUUUUCAAAAACAUUUUACCGGCAUAUGAAUUUUAUUUUCACUAACUUAUUUCCAAAAUAGUGCCAAAAAAAAACUACCAGAGGAAAAAGGAUUAACACACAAAUAUGUUUUUUUUGGCCAAAGAAUUAAACACUUCCUUCUUUCGCAAAUUUUGUAAGUAGCAUACAUCCAAUAUUUUUAAUUGAGGAACAGUCUGCCAAAAGUUUUGCUGAUUUGUUAAAACCUCAUUUAAAGAGAUAAUAGGGCCAUUGUUGACAUUGAUUGUUAUUAACAUUGUUAAAUCUCUGUUUUAUGUUUUUACCAUUAAAUCUCAGGGUAGGUAGUUAUCUCCCCUUAGAUAUUCUAUCAAAGUGAUGGAAUACUGUUCACUCAUCAAAUAUAUAUUUUAAAUGUUAGGUCAUAUGAUAUGAUAGUGGCAAAGGGAAGCUAACAUGUUUACAUAGAUAGAACAGAAUUAAUUUUUGACAUAUAUAUAUCCUUCAUUCAGUUGUUUUAUAUUGGGCUUGAGCACCAUUUUAACAGCUAAAUUUGGGACCAUGCUAUUAUUAUACAUUUUAAGCUUUGUCAAAGUUGCAUUACAUGUUUGAAAGAAGUCAUUAAUUUAUAAUAUCCUUCUUUUCAAUUUCAAAAGAAUCCAAUUUACCAUUUCCCAUGAAUGAGAUAUCUCCCUGUAGAAAUCUUAAGAAUUGUGGGUAAAAUAAUUUCAUAUGCACCAAAAAAAAUAUCACUGUAUCAUUCAUUAUAUUAUCGUUGUUUAAUAAAUUAUCAUCCAAUCAAAUCAUGAUGCAAGCAUUUCAAAAUAUUACUCACAACUAAGUUAGAUCCAAACACAACAUAUAGAGGGGUAACAGAGAACACCUAAGGCAUGUAACUCUUCAAAAAUCAGCUGAAAGUUUUAAUCACAUUCUUAUAGUUAAGACAAAACCUGCUUCUAAAUGAACAAAAUAUGUGUUUGUAUCUCAUUAAAAUAUUCCUUCAAAUUAAGCUGCUUAACUUCCUAAACUAUUGAUAUUGAUAUCGAAAAAUCAUGUAAAUAUUUUGGCAAAAUUUUAUGAAAAUUAAACUAGCUAUAUAUAUUUUAGUCAGUGUUUCAGUUUGGUACCC